UCUCCUAAACUCCGGCACCUAAACGCCGCGUCGCGCGGACCCAGACUCACGGGGAGGAACACCCUCGCUUCUAACUACACUUUACAGUUUAAGUAAAACUUGUGCUUAUUAUACACCUGCUUCCUUUUUUCGCGUUCUGAUUCAUCUUUGUCAUCCUGCUGACGGACUGAGUUUGGAUACUGGCAGAGGGCGGGAGGAGGAGGCAAAGGAGGCUGACGGCUGUCAGAUGGAGCACCGGGCUCCUGGAUCUCAGGGCGCACGGCGAACCCGGAGUGAGUGAAGCCGGUGGGUGGACGCUGCUCCCCGGUUCAUGCUGUUCACAGUGUGGCCAUGACGGGCACCCAGGAGCCAGACCUGCGUGAGCAGCAUGAAGGACCAGCGCAGGAGGCAGAGGAUGAGGAGGAGGAAGGGGAAAAGAUAAAUGUGUCAUUGGAGGAAGAGUUGGAGAACAAAGGGGAGGAGAAGGAAAAGGAAGAGCUGCCAUACCCCUCCUUAGCACCAGUGGUUCUGUUGGCUCUGACCCAAACCAGCCCUCCCCGCUCCUGGUGCCUUCGUGUUGUCUGCCACCCGUGGUUCGAGCGAGUGAGCAUUCUUGCCAUUCUGCUGAACUGUGUGACUCUGGGGAUGUUCCAGCCUUGUGGACACACUCCAUACUUGCUACAGGCUCUAGACGAUGGGAUCUUUGCAUUCUUUGCUGGAGAAAUGGUGGUGAAAAUGGUCGCUCUCGGGGUAAUAGGUCAGAAAGGUUAUCUAGGCGACACAUGGAACAGAUUGGACUUCUUCAUAGUUAUUGUGGGAAUGCUGGAGUACUCUCUGGACGGACACAACGUCAGCCUAUCAGCCAUCAGAACUGUUCGGGUUCUCCGCCCACUGCGAGCCAUCAACAGAGUUCCCAGUAUGCGCAUCCUGGUGACCCUCCUCCUGGAUACACUUCCAAUGCUGGGCAAUGUGUUGGCCCUCUGCUUCUUUGUCUUCUUCAUCUUUGGCAUCGUUGGCGUUCAGCUGUGGGCGGGGCUACUGAGGAACCGCUGUUUCAUGGGAGAGGAUGUCAGAAUGAGAUACAACAUCACCUUCCUGAAUGGUUAUUAUCAGCCUGAAGGCACAGACGACCAUCCGUUCAUCUGCUCGAUGGAGAGGGAAAACGGGAUGCUUCGUUGCUCUGACGUGCCUCGUCGUCGUGUGGGUCGGACCUACUGCUCACUGGGGCCUGAGGAAGCCCACUCAGAGACAGGGCUGACAGUGGACGGACCAGUGUCAUGUGUAAACUGGUACCAAUACUACAACCAGUGUCAGGCAGGAGAAAUAAACCCCCACAAAGGAGCUAUUAACUUUGAUAAUAUCGGAUAUGCAUGGAUUGCUAUAUUUCAGGUAAUUACCUUGGAGGGUUGGGUGGACAUCAUGUACUACGUAAUGGAUGCACACUCCUUCUAUAACUUCAUCUACUUCAUUUUUCUCAUCAUUGUGGGCUCCUUCUUUAUGAUCAACCUGUGCCUGGUUGUCAUUGCCACCCAGUUUUCUGAAACAAAACAGAGAGAACAUGCCUUAAUGAAAUCAGAGCAGCGCGCCCGGCAGCUCCACCAAUCAGCUUCCACACUGGCCAGCGACAGUCAGCCCGGGAGUUGCUACGAGGAGAUCAUCCGCUAUCUGGCCCACCUGGGUCGGAAGGCAUGGCGCCGGCUGUCACGCUGGAUUGUUUGGACUCGCCUGCGUCUCCGCUGCUCUUGUGUCUGCCAGAAAGAGGCCUGGUCGGCUGGAGGGAGCGGAGUUGGGGAGAUGAAUGGACUCGCCAACCGGCACUCAGGCCAUGCCCCCAAUGACUUGUCACACCUUCAUCAAGUUUAUCAUCUCCAUCACCAGCAGCAUCACCAUCAUCAGCUGCAGCAGCCUCAGCCACAGCUGGCCAUCAGCAACAGAGGGACUGGCCUUAAUUAUCCCUUCAUAUCGUCCCUUCUCAGUCACCUGGAUGGAAAGGACCGGGACCAGAAGAGGGCGGUUGCUUUGGAUACCAUCAACAGACUGCCACAGCUGGUGCUCGAGCAUGGUGUGUCUGCUGGUUAUCCCUCUCUACCUCUGCCUGGCGAAGCCUCUGGAGAUUCCUCGGUGUGUCCUUACUGCGUCUACUACAACCAACUCAGAGAACAUCCGGAUGAGCAGCUGGAAGACCCUCUUCAUGGAAACUUGUGUCACAUCGACAACCUGUGUCACAAUGACAGUCCAUGCCAGUGUAACAGCCCGCAGCGAUCUGAGUCAAAGACAAGCAUCUGGAAAUGCGGUUGGCUGAGACUCCGAAACAAGUUAGAACUUAUUGUCUGCAGCAGAUACUUCAGCAGAGGAAUCAUGAUUGCCAUCCUCAUUAACACGCUGUCGAUGGGCAUAGAGUACCACGAGCAGCCGCAGGAGCUGACAGACAUUUUGGAGAUCAGCAACAUGGUGUUCACUAGCCUCUUCAGCCUGGAGAUGCUUCUUAAGAUGCUGGCUCUCGGCCUCUUUGGCUACAUCAAGAACCCUUACAAUAGCUUUGAUAGUAUCAUUGUUAUAAUCAGUGUGUGGGAGAUUGUGGGUGAGGCCGAGGGAGGCCUAUCAGUACUGCGUACCUUUCGCCUGCUGAGAGUUUUGAAGCUGGUGCGCUUCCUUCCUGCUCUGAGGAGGCAACUGGUGGUGCUCAUGAAGACCAUGGACAAUGUAGCCACAUUCUCCAUGCUGUUAAUGCUCUUCAUCUUCAUAUUCAGCAUUUUAGGAAUGCAUCUGUUUGGCUGUAAGUUUGGUUUGCGUCAAGAAAGCGGAGAAACUUUGGCAGACAGGAAAAACUUUGAUUCUCUGCUUUGGGCAACUGUUACCGUGUUUCAGAUCCUCACCCAGGAGGAUUGGAACGCUGUGCUGUACAACGGGAUGGCCUCCACCUCUCCGCUGGCUGCCCUCUACUUCGUGGCCCUCAUGACGUUCGGAAACUACGUACUCUUCAACCUGCUUGUUGCCAUUUUAGUUGAGGGUUUUCAGGCUGAAGGUGAUGCCAACAAGUCAGAGUCUGAUGAUGAGAGGCAGUCGCUGGGCUAUCAGGAGGAGGAGAACCUCAGAGAGCUCUAUGCUGCAGAACUAAAGAUCCAGGCUAUGAUGCUGAGCCCCAAUGGUCUCCUGAACCCCAAAGCCUCCAUGCCUCACCCCACUCCUCCUCCGCUGCCCAUCAUCACACACACUACAGCCACGCCCAUCAUAAACUCCAAUCAGUCUCGCAGGCCAAGUGGAGUUUCCAUGGAGGUCAACAGUUCGGAGCAAAGGUCGCUGACUCUGUGGGACGGCAGUGCGGAGAGCCGGCGCUCCAGUUGGACGAGCAGUGGCAGAGCUCCCAGCCUGCACCGGAGGAGCCAGUCGGGGGAGAUGGAGUCCCUCCUGUCAUGCUCCAGCCCCAGCAGCAGGGAGCAAUCUCUGGACCAGUCGGACCACCUGCAGGUUCCCAUGCUGCUCUCACCAGACUGCAAUGGCACCACCUUUCACCUUCCAGAGCUGGGCUAUGACAAGGCCACAUCAUAUUUCCACAGUGAUCUUGAUGAGGAAGACACUGAAGAGAGUUUAUGUAAGAGGCUGAAGAAGAUGCUGGAGCCAUAUGAACCUCUGUGGUGCAGAGAGCAUGAAGAGUGGUCACUGUAUCUGUUUGCUCCACAAAAUGAGCUGAGGCUGUGGUGUCAGAAGGUCAUAAGUCACAAGAUGUUUGAUCACAUCAUCCUGCUUUUCAUUUUUCUGAACUGCAUCACCGUAGCGCUAGAGAGGCCUGAUAUACAUCCUAAGAGCAUGGAGCGAAUGUUUCUCAGCGUGUCUAAUUACAUCUUUACCGUCAUCUUUGUGGGCGAGAUGAUGAUCAAGGUUGUAGCAAUGGGCCUGUACUUUGGAGAAGGUGUGUACCUGCAGAGCAGCUGGAAUGUGCUGGAUGGCGUACUGGUUUUUGUGUCCCUGGUGGACAUUCUGGUCUCCAUGGCAUCAGCAGGUGGAAAUCGAAUCCUGGGCAUGCUGCGAGUCCUUCGCUUGCUUCGCACCCUGCGGCCGCUCAGGGUGAUAAGUCGGGCUCCAGGUUUGAAACUGGUUGUUGAGACCCUGAUUACAUCUCUUAGACCGAUUGGGAACAUUGUUCUCAUCUGCUGUGCAUUUUUCAUCGUGUUUGGAAUUCUGGGAGUGCAGCUUUUUAAAGGCAAAUUCUUCUACUGUGAUGGGCUAAAUGUCAGCAAUAUCACCAACAAAACCGAGUGUCUGGAGGCGGGUUAUCACUGGAUACGACGGAAAUACAACUUUGACAACCUUGGACAGGCACUGAUGUCGCUCUUCGUGCUGUCUUGUAAGGACGGCUGGGUGAGCAUUAUGUAUGACGGCCUGGAUGCUGUUGGGGUGGACCAGCAGCCAAAAAGAAACAAUAACCCCUGGAUGCUGCUAUUCUUCAUCUCGUUCCUCCUCAUUGUGAGCUUUUUCGUGCUCAACAUGUUUGUGGGUGUGGUGGUGGAAAACUUUCACAAGUGUCGGCAGCAGCAGGAGGAGGAGGAAGCCAGGCUGAGAGAGGAGAAACGACAGAAGCGGCUGGAGAAAAAGAGGAGAAGAGCCCUGGAGAAGCCAUAUUAUGCUGACUACUCCCCACUGCGGCGAUCCAUACACACAGUGUGCACCAGCCAUUACCUGGAUCUGUUCAUCACCAUCAUCAUCUUCACAAACCUCCUAACUAUGAGCAUGGAGCACUACAACCAACCUCGGUACUUGGAGGAGAUCCUGAAGUACUGCAAUUAUGUCUUCACUCUGGUGUUUGUUAUUGAGGCAAUUCUGAAGCUUAUCGCUUUUGGCCUGCGACGAUUUUUCAAAGAGAGAUGGAACCAGCUGGACUUAGCCAUCGUGUUGUUGUCCAUAAUGGGAAUCACGCUGGAGGAAAUAGACCUGAGUGCUUCCCUCCCCAUCAAUCCCACAAUCAUUCGGAUCAUGAGGGUUCUCAGGAUAACAAGAGUGCUGAAGCUGCUGAAGAUGGCCACAGGGAUGAGAGCUUUGUUGGACACAGUGAUGCAAGCUCUGCCUCAGGUGGGGAAUCUGGGUCUGCUCUUCAUGUUGCUGUUCUUCAUCUAUGCAGCUCUGGGAGUUGAGCUCUUUGGAAAACUGGAGUGUUCAGAUCUGAACCCUUGUGAGGGUCUUAGUCGGCACGCCACCUUUGACAACUUUGGCAUGGCUUUCCUCACGCUCUUCAGGGUUUCCACUGGAGACAACUGGAAUGGGAUUAUGAAGGACACACUGCGAGAGUGCCGUCCAAACGAUCGCCACUGCCUCAACUACCUGCCCUUGAUCUCCCCUGUCUACUUUGUUACCUUUGUCCUCACGGCCCAGUUCGUUUUGGUCAACGUGGUGGUCGCCGUUCUGAUGAAGCACCUGGAAGAAAGCAAUAAGGAGGCUCAGCUGGAGGAAAUGGAGGAGAGGAAAGAGAGGGAAAGGGAGGAGGUGGCCCGGCGUCUCAGCUGCACAUCGGAGUUAGAGAUGAACAUGGACACACCUGUCCAGGUACAAGUGGAAGACAAGGAAUGUUCCCAUGGAAACCUGAGGCGAAUGGGACGAAUACUGUCUCUCCCCAACGACACUUGCGUCCCGCCUCUCAGAUUCUCCUCUUACACUCCCAUUGGCCACGAGUCCAUCUGCAGCUACAGCUACUCAGGCUCCAUGUCCUCUCUGGGUUCCAGUGCAGGCAACUCUCUGCUGCAGGUUCCAGGAGCUCUUCCUGCAAUCAGCCACGCUUCACUGGGCUCUAAACAUAGCCCCAGGCCCAUCAUCUGGCUCAGCACCUCCCAAAACAUCGACAGGCAGUCUGUACACAGACUCAGUCCGGCUGACAGCAUGGAGGGCCACAGGCUCAGUUCAGCUCAGCGGACAAAUAGGCACAGACUGAGCUCAGCUCACAGUAUAGAUGGAUAUAGAUUCAGUCCAACCCGUCGACUGAACAGACACAGACUCAGCUCCACUCACAGUAUGGAUGGAUACAGGCUGAACCCCGAUCUGAUCGCAGACCGGCCGAAGCUGCAGUCCAGCCACAGCAUGGAGAGAUGUCCGUCUGUCAGGCUGAGUCCUACAGAAGGAGAGAGCAGACGUUCAUGCUGGCUAAGUCCUGAAGAGAGUAUGGACAGAAACAAGCUCAGUCCCACCUAUGUUCCAGAAAGUUCCAUCCUAAAGAAACCAGCAUCCUUCCGCUCUGCAGGCAAACAGUUAAGGAGACAGGCGGCUGUGCGCUGUGACUCCCUGGACCAGAGUGGCUCAGCUGAUGACCUGGCAGAGACCUGCUUCACUGAGCCCCCGGCCGCCUCCUCUACGCCGUGCCAGAGAUCGUCCAGCGUGCACACACUGAAAUACACUCACCCCCAGAGGGUGAUCUCCUGCAAGAGCCACAGCCGGAGCCACAGUGAGACCACCACCCAUGAACACGUACCUGAGCAGGCCAGCUGUGGCUUGCAGCCAGACACAGAGGCAGAAAAGAGGCCUGUCAGCCCUCAGGGCCCAUCCAGUUUGAAGGUCACCAGCACUGAAUCCAUCCUUUCUGCUCCACUGCUUAACCACAGAGCGGCCGGGUCAGACCCCGCCCCCACGCUGGAUGAUGCUGAUGAGGAGGUCGAUGGUAUGAACGGUUCGGUCACUCAGCCUGCUGCCGUUCCGAGUCUCGGGGAGCAGCGGAGUCGCCUCAGUCACACGGCUUCGCCCGUCUCAGGCAGGAGCAGGAAGCACCGGAUGAGCCCACCGCCGGGUGACGAGCCGGUCACUGAGGCCACACAGUUUCUAGACAGUAGUUUUGAGCUGAGGAGGCGGACUCUGUCGUUUGAUGCCACCACCGUCUCUCCUAACCAGCAGGAGGGCAGCUCUGUGGAGGACAUAAAACCAGAGCCAAACAUUCUGCUGAACUUCUCAUGAGAGGCACAAAAGCUUCAGACUGAAGCAGGAGUGUUUCCUGCUGUUUCCUCCUUCCUAUUAGAUUUUCACAGUGUGUGAAAAGAAGUCAUGAUGUGUGUACAAUUGAAGAAAUCUAAGGACUGUUUGUGCUUCAAGCACACAAAAAUGCAUAUGUAAAAGAGAAGUUUCUUUUUCUUCUAUCAUAAUCUUAGCUUUAGUUCAGGCACAGUAGCGGCCCGGCUGUAUUUACAACCUUCCUGUUGCUUGCUCUCCUGCUGUUGCCAUUAGUCAUCCUUUCUCUACAAGCCUAGGCCAGAACACAACACAAAGAUUGUGAUGCUUAUUAUAUACAGUGCCUUACAAGAGUAUUUUCAACUUUUCCGCAUGUGGUGUUACAAAAACAAACUACAGUGUAGUUUGUUUGAAAGUAAAGUGUCAUUUUACUUUGUGGAGUAAAGUAUGCUGUGGGAGAGCAUCAUGCAUGAUGCUCCUGCCACCAUGUUCCAAAGUGUGGAAAGUUUAUUUAUAUGCUCUUUAUUUCCCACCACAAAUAAAUUUUGUUGGCCAAAUAGUGAACUAUUAGUCUUACUUGACCAGAGCACUGUUUUUCCUCAUUUGCUGUAUCAUCUUCAUCACUUGUUGCAAAAUGGAAGUAUGACUUCUUACUGCUCUCUUAAACACAGUCUUUCUCCCACCAGAGCUGUGGAUCUUUGCAGCUCCUCCAGAGUUGCUGUUGGCCUCUUUGCUCCUUCUCUCAAUGCUCUCCUUCAAACCACUCCAUAAUUUGUACCUGUUUGCUGUAAUCUUUGUGAUGCUGGUGUUCCAACUAAUGUUCUCCAACAAAUCUGCUUCUCAGAGCAGUGAAUUCUGAUGAAGUUAUCUGCAAGUGGACACUAUUUACCUGUCAGAUGAUUGCUGGGGGAUGACUUGUUGCAAUGGGUUUCAUUAAUUAAAAAAAACUGAGUACAAAAGCAUGCAAUAUUUUUCAUAUUUUCAUAAUUAAGAAGUUUGCUUUUAAAGUCACUGGUAGCCUUUAUGCAACAGUAGCUUCAUAGGAAGAAGGGCAGAGAGAAGAGGAGGAGAUAUGCAGCAAAUGACCCAGACAGGGUCAUGGAACCAGGGACCACUGAGCUGAGGACCAGAGCCUCUGAGUGGUCUACCAGCAAGUGGUCCCCCAACUAAGAAGAUUAUGAAUCACUUUAGCUUCAUUGUUAUGUAUGACUUUGUGUUGGACUGUCAAACAGACUCCCAAUCAAAUACAUUGAAAGACAGUAUGUGGUUUUGAAUAAAUGUGGAAAAAUACAUAAGAUUUAAAUACUUUUGCAAGGCACUGUAUUUUCAGAAGUCUAUGAUUUUAUUUUAAUUAGAUAUGCAUCAAGAGACCAAAACGACUUAUUAGGUAUAAUCCAAGUCAAAGCAAUAUAUAUGUUUGUGACUUUGUCACAUUUGAGAAACUUAAACCCCAAAAAGAUCAUUUCUAGUUGAUACUAGUCUGUUGUUCAAAGUUGCAGUAUGUAACUUUUAUGAUUUUUUUAAUAUAUGUAUUUGUUGAAACUGUUACUAUGUCAUGACUGUAUGGUGCGAAACAGACAAGCUGUGAGAAAAAUCAAGCUCCUGUGCCUUCUCCCAGUGUCAACUAGAAACAACCAGUCAGAACCAGGAGGUGGGUAUCAGCGCUGUCAAUCACCUCUCUGUGUGCUGCUGCUCAUCCUCCCUCCCUGUUACCCCCUUGCUAUCUGCUAAACCACAGCUAGCAUAGCCAGUUGUGAAUGCUAAGGCUAGUUAGCAUGGCAACGAAAACAGCAGAUAGACAGUUCUUCUGUAAUGUAAGUUGUUUCUCUGCCAUUAUCACAUUUAGCAGCGAGUACAUGUGGUGAUUCAUAGCGCUAAUACCCUCUUCCUGGCUCUGAUUGCUUCCUUUUGGUCAGGAAUGGUGCAUUUCUUCAGAUGGCAAUCUGAAGAAAUGCCAUCACCUCCACCUCAGGGAGGAGGUGGAGGAAAUUGAUCUUUUCACAGAUGAUCUGUCUCGCGGCAACCCUCGAACCCG